UUGUAAACAAAAAUUAACAAGAAACUAUGAUUUAAAUACUGUUUUAAACCUCAAAUUAAAAUAUAAACUAACCAUGAUUGUAAACAAUAUAAUGGAAAACCAUCAAGAAAUUGGGAAAUGUGCAAAUAAACUUUAACAAAAAUGAUUCCGAAAAUAAAACAUCGAUAAUGAAUUUCAAUAACUUUAUUUAACAACUUUAAACAUUACUGUGGCUGUCUGUCUGUCAGUGAAGCUAGGUGCUCGUUCCAAAGUGUAGCUUGGAAACAUUAAACUCAUUAUCACUUCGAUAUAAACAAAGUCAUGUCAAAAAGGACGCUUGAAGAGUUUAAGAGGGAUUAUAACUUGCGUCAACGGAUUCUGCGUCCUGAUCCGGAUGUGGAGGGCGCGCUGGACCGGGCGACGGAGGUGACGGAGGAAAUAGCCGCCAGGGUCAAAACCUACAACCAGGACUUUAGGAAGAGGAAGAAGUAUAAGCCUGGCUGUUGUUGUCAGGAAGCAGUCACCAGGCCGGGCGUGGCGCCGUUGGUCCAACUGAACGAUGGCAGGGAAAUACCGAACCUCGGACUCGGCACUUGGCUAGGAUUCAACAAAGCAGGUGCCCCGGAGCCGGUGGUAGAUGACAAGGUGCAGCAUGCGGUGGAAGCUGCCAUCGACGCCGGGUACAGGCACAUCGACACCGCCGCCAUUUAUGAGACUGAGGAACAGGUGGGGAUUGCGAUACAGAACAAAAUAGCGGAGGGAGUCGUGGCCAGGGAGGACCUCUUCAUCACUUCCAAGCUAUGGAACGAUCGCCACGCCAAGAAGGAUGUGGUCCCUGCCCUGAAGGAGUCGCUCGCGAGACUGAACCUCACCUAUUUAGACCUCUAUCUGAUACACUGGCCCAUCGCACAGUAUGAAAACGGCACAUACUACGACACGGACUACGUGGAGACCUGGAAGGGCAUGAUAGACGCGCAGGUGCUGGGGCUGGCGCGCUCCAUCGGCGUGUCCAACUUCAACCGCACGCAGCUCGACCGGCUCCUCACCAUGACCACUGUCAAACCUGCCGUACUGCAGAUUGAGGUGAACCUGAACCUGCAGCAGCCCCAGAUGAUAAAGUUCUGCAAGGAGCACGGCAUCGCGGUGGUGGGGUACACGCCCUUCGGCUCCCUGUUCCACAACCGGGCGGCUCCCAACGCCCCCCCACCCAGGACCGACAACCAGACCCUGCUGAAGAUCUCCGACAAGUACCACAAGACCAUCGCGCAAGUCAAUCUGAGAUAUCUUAUUGAACUGGGCGUCAUACCGAUCCCGAAGUCAGUGACGCCGAAGCGAAUUGGAGAGAACAUAGAAGUGUUCGACUUCCAGCUGACGCAGCGAGAGAGGGACUUGAUGAGGGCAUUCGACAAGAACUACAGGACUAUACCCGUCACCAUGUGGGAGGACUCGCCGUACUACCCCUUCCAUAAAAAGUAGUAAUAAAUUAUAUCAUUAGUCUA